AACUUUUUGAAAACAGCUACUCAGCGUCCGCCUAUCCAUCAAGUGUUCACUUUGUGACCUCUUUCUUCUGAACAUUCAGCUUAAUCAGGUCUCUUUUCAUCCAACAUGCCUGAGAAGCUCCCAUCUCAGCCAGAGCAAUCAGUACUAGUACAAAGCAUUACUAGUCCUGAAACAUCCCUGUGCCGAAAGCGACUCCAAUACGAUGCCUAUACCAUCGGAUGGGUAUGCGCCCUUCCAAAAGAACAGACCGCAGCCAGAGCCAUGCUAGAUGAAGAGCACGAACCUCUCCCGAAACCUCGCAAUGACCAUAAUGCAUAUAUUCUGGGCUCAAUAUACGGCCACAAUGUCGUCAUAGCCUGCCUACCCAAUGUGGGAACCAGUCCUGCCGCGACGGUUGCGACGUCUAUGAUAAACACGUUCCAAUCGAUCAGGUUCGGGCUUAUGGUAGGGAUUGGCGGUGGAAAUCCGUCGAAGGUUAAUCUGGGAGAUGUGGUGGUCAGCCGACCAGUUGCUGACUACCACGGGGUGGUACAAUGGGAUAUGGGGAAGCUGGAACGAGAUGGGCAGUUUGUUCACACGGGCUCGCUGAACAGACCUCCCAACGCGUUGCUCAAUGCGUCGAUUCUGCUGGAAACUAGCCAUGCAUUGUACGGAUCAAAGAUAGAUGAGUAUCUGGAUGAUGUGGAAAGGAAAUUCCCGCGACUGGCACCAAAAUACACCAGGCGUGAAGGCUUGGAAGACCCAUUGUUGGUAUCCGACAGGGUGCGUCGGUCUUCGAGUGAAGCCCCCUUCCUGUCUAGGCUGUGGCAGGCGAUCAUCGCAAUUUUCGCAUAUCUUCUUGGUUCAUGGGCCGUUGGUCCGGUAAAUGAGGAAAAUGGGCAGUUAUCAGAGAUGGCAGAGGGAGCAAGGACCCAGAGGGAAGUGAGGGUGCACCAUGGUCUGAUCGCAUCAGGGAACAAAGUUGUUAAGGAUGCCCAAUUCCGAGACUUCCUCGACGAGAAAUUUGGCAGGCACUUGCUAUGCAUGGAGAUGGAGGCAGCUGGGCUCAUGAAUGACUUCCCAUGUAUUGUUAUCCGAGGCAUUUGUGAUUAUGCAGACUCGGGAAAAGAGAAAACCUGGCAAGAAUAUGCUGCAGCUGUGGCCGCUGCAUACGCAAAGGAGCUUUUAGGAAGUGUGCAGCCCAGUGUUGUUGACGCCGAGGAUUCAGCGAAGGCUAUGUUGGAAAAGGUCAACAAACAGAUCGAAAGUAUGCAGCGAACGACAGUCGCAAUGAAAGCUACUACCGAUUCUUUCAAGUCUGAGCUUCGUACUCGUGAGAUCAAACGCUGGCUUGAUCCACCGGACCCCUCUACGAACGCCAACCACGCGAGGAAGCUCCACUACGAGGGGACAGGUGCGUGGCUCCUAGAGAACCCCGUCUUCCGGUUGUGGUACUCAGGGUCGCGUCGACAUAUAUGGCUGCACGGGCUUGCAGGAUGUGGAAAGACCAUUCUCAGUACAACCGUGCUUGAUCAUCUCGCAAACAGAAACGACGGUCCUAUCCUCAACUUUUUCUUUGACUUUAGCGACAACAAAAAGCAGACCUAUGAAAGAAUGCUGCGUUCGCUUGCUUUUCAGCUUUACCAAGGUCGGGUUGACUCUGCAAUUCAUCUUGAUGCGUCAUUUCAAGCACACCAGAAUGGCAAAGACCAACCUAAGACAGAGUCACUCUGGGUUAUCUUGUCCAAGAUGCUCAGAGUCCAGAAUAGGGCCUCUAUCAUUCUGGACGCAUUAGAUGAAUCGACGACGAGGGAUGAUAUUCUCACGUGGAUUGAAGACAUAAUAUCUAGGCCAGAGUUGGCACAUGUCCAGAUGCUCUAUACCAGUCGACCCGAGUCAGAGUUUCUGCGCCGCAUUCCAACUUUGAUAGGAAGAGAAGGUUCCCUACCACUUGAUAAGCAGGCUGUCAACUCCGACAUCCAUUCAUGGGUCUCAGCACAACUCUCUCAACGACAGGAUUUUACAGAGAAGCCCUUGUCUCAGGGACUUCUCGAUAAAAUACGGAAGAAGGUUGGCAACGGGGCAGACGGAAUGUUCAGAUGGGCAUUCUGUCAAUUAGACACCCUAGCUCGAUGUCCUCACGAGGCAGCUAUAGAGGAAGCUCUCGCAUCUUUGCCUCGGAACCUAAAUGAGACAUAUCAGCGCAUGAUGGAGAGCAUACCGAUGGAUCGAAAGAUGGACGCAAUACGUCUGCUACAAUUUUUGGUGCACUCCAAGCGACCUCUCACGCUAGCGGAGGCCAAAGAAGUAAUAGCGACGCAUUUUAAAAACGGGUCGAGAGGGUUUGACCCCAAGCGUCGGUUGUUCUGCGAAACUGAUCUCUUGGAUUAUUGUCCCGGCUUAGCGACAAUUGUUCCCGCCAAGGAUAAAGAGUUACAUCUUGCCCACUUUUCCGUCAAAGAGUACCUUCUCAAAAAUAUUAAUUUUAAUUUUAUGGCUGCCAGCAUUUCCAUCACGACGACGUGCUUGACUUAUCUCACAGACAUCAAAGGAACCCAUGAAGAGAUCAAGGGGCAUUUUCCGAUGGCAAGAUAUGCGGCGGAGUUCUGGGCAGGCUAUGCUGCGUUGGCUCAGGAUUCUGAAGACAUAGUUCAAAAGAGUGUCAAGUUUCUCGAAAAGGAAGUGACAUUCCAACGAUGGAGUCGUUUGUAUCAGGCCGAUAGAAGUUGGGACUAUGACCCUGGCCCUCCGCGAGCUUCCAGGCUCUACUAUACUUGCCUCAAUGGGCUCUUCGCGCCUGCAGGAGAUCUCAUUAGCAAGGGAGCCGACAUCAACGCGCAGGGCGGCGAAUACGGCAAUGCCCUUCAGGCCGCCUCGUUAAAAGGCUAUCAAGACAUUGUCAGACUACUCUUGGAUAAGGGAGCCGACAUCAACGCGCAGGGCGGCUUCUACGGCAAUGCCCUCCAUGCCGCCUCGUUAGAAGGCUAUCAAGAGAUUGUUGGUCUACUCUUAGAUAAGGGAGCCGACAUUAACGCGCAGGGCGGCAGAUACAGUAAUGCCCUCCAGGCCGCCUUAUUCCGAGGCCAUCAACAGAUUGUUAGACUACUUUUAGAUAAGGGAGCC